AUGGACAGGAUGUUGUCUAAACUGGCGACAAAAACAGCGCACGAGACAAAAGAUGACGCAGAUAAAGUAGAAAGCCCUAAAGAAACAAAACUUUCUGCCAGUGAGUCAUUUUUGUGUCGCGAAUUUAAGAUUUCAGGACAAAUUGGUGAACCAAGCCACGCGGAAAAAUUAACAUUUGUGUCACUCACUCAAUCAAAUCGAUUCCGGGUUAAAGCGCCAGUAUAAAUGCGAAAUUGUCGAUGCUGUGAUUCGCGCUAUUUCCUUGCACAGCAGUUUGCGUAGUUACGUCAAAACAGUGAAUGAUUUGUCCCUGCCCAAACUAAGAAAGAUCCUUCGGGUGCAUCAUCUAGAGAAAUCUGCAUCUGAACUGUACCAACAGCAUGGCUACGAUCUUUCAACACCCGAAAGAGACAGCACAGCAGUCCCUUCUUCGCGCACUAGACUUACGUAACAAAGUAGGGUUCGCAAGCAAGAAUCAGACUGCGAAGUGCACUACGAUGAACCUAUAAUCCAAAAUACUUUGAUGAAACCCUUCGAGACCGGUCUUCGAGACGAUAUUCUCGCAGCGAAUUUGCGACCCAUUCUUCGAUCAUCCCCGUUGACAGAUGAAGACUUAAUGAAAAACGUCAACGAGUUGGCAUCCCAACAAGCGGAAAGACAAAACAAGCUUGCAUCUGAAAGAAGGCUGCCAAAAUUAACUCAUGCGAAGUUGAUGAGUCGAAGAAAUCUAUUGACAGCAACCAACAAAUUCUGGCAGAAAUUCGGGAAAUGAGGAUGGAAGUAGAAAAUCUGAAACGACAACAAGCCACUCGAAGCGAUUACGUACCGAAAGACAAUACAACGAUCGGGGACCACCGAAAAUCACGCGGUUCCGUGGACGAGGAUGUCAAGCUUGCAAAAAAACGUAAACUUGGAGCCACAUGCAGACACUGUUUCGCACGUGGAGAGUUGGGACACAUCGCUUCAGAGUGUGAGAAGAAUAUAUUUCGACAGAAUCAGGGAAACGGAAGGACAGGGAUUAGCCGAAGAAAAGAAAGUGUCCCAUCAGUGCAACGGCUGCAAUCAAGUUUUGGAGCAGAUUUUUUGGCGUUGUGAAUGUUGUAAGCUUGUAAACUACUGUGGUGCGAAGUGCCAACAAAAUCAUUGGCCACAGCAUAGAACAUUGUGUAACGCGAUUAAGCAGCAAAUCCAAAAUAGGAAACAGACGGCAGAAGACGCGACUUGGGGUAUUUUCGUCAGCCAUCUGACUCCAAAACAACACCAAAAGAUAGUUAGCCUGGUAGGCAGGAGAUGUUCAAUCAAAGCAAAGCUUAACGGGAAAAGAGCAGAGAUUCUGUGGGACACCGGGACCUAAAUCUCUAUUGUUUUGGUCAGCUUCACAAAGAGGAACUUUCCUAACGUGUUGGUUAGAGAUAUUAGUGAAUUACUGGUUGCCAACGGUAGUAGCAUACCGUACAAAGGAUGGGUUGAACUGGAUCUCCAAAUUGGCGAUUCUGAGCAAGGACUUUCCGUUGGCUUUCUAGUAGCAAGUGAAGAAAUGUAACUUUCAUUGAUUGGCUUCAAUGCAAUAGAACACUUGAAAAAGUCAAUAAUCUGCAAGGUAAGGAGAUGGCAAUUGGAAACUGCUUUAUUUGGUGGAAAUGUUUCUGAUGUGACUGCUCUUUUUGAUCUCGUGAACGGAGUAAACCACGAUGAAUGAUGCCUUGUAAAACCUCGGGAAAAUCUCUUAAAAUGAGCUGAAAAGUGAAUACUGGUCCCCUAGGUAAACCCACACCAGUUUUAUUCGAAGCUGAUGAGAACGGUCAGUGGCCGUCUGGUCUCCACGUUUCGGACACAAUGUUGACAGCAACGGCAGGGAAAUCUAGCCGAGUGGAAGUAGAAGUAAAGAAUACGACCAAGCAUGACAUAGUAUUACGGAACAGAACGGUGCUGUAGCGCCUACAACUUAUUCAAUCAGUGACUCCAGUCAAGGUGAAAUUACAGACAGAUAACGAUGAAAAGUCGUGUUCCAAAUUAAAUGAAGAAGCUAAAUUCCCUAACAACAAUGAUGACCACCAAACAGCGAACUGGCCAUAACACUUGGACAUGUGGAUUUGGGAGAUUUGAACAGUGAGGAAAUAAAAGCUGGCACGCAGCUGUUUAUCGAAGACGCUGAUGUUUUUGCCAUAGAUGAUAAUGAUGUCGGGUGCAUCACAGAGCUUCAAAUGGAUAACAAACUCAACGAUAGCACACCUGUUCAGAAGAAGCAUAUCGCUCUGCCCCGACCACUAUAUCCAGAGGUGAAAGCAUAUAUCGAAGACUUGUUGAAUAAAAAACUUUAUUCGCAGAUCGACUUCAUCUUAUAG